AGCCAGAUUUAGAUUUAAAUUAGCUAAGUUGACAACAGUGGCUGCAGAUGAAACGCAUAAAAACAUUUGCGCUCGUUUUUAGUAAGCAAAUAAAUAAAACAAACACGUAUUAAACAAAAGUCAGUGCACCAAAAUGGCUUCAUUCUUUAAUGUGGGCGCUCUAGGCAAUGUUUUUUCAACACCCGUUGGACAACGCAUCGAGGCCGCCACCGAUGCGUCACUGGCAUCGGAGAAUUGGGCGGCCAAUAUGGAAAUCUGUGACAUGAUCAACGAAUCCUCGGACACGGCGCGGGAUGCAAUGCGUGCUAUACGCAAGCGUCUCUCACAGAAUGCUGGUAAGAAUAAUCAGGUGGUCAUGUAUACGCUGACUGUGCUAGAGACCUGUGUGAAGAACUGCGGCAAGGCAUUCCAUGUCCUGGUCGCCCAGAAGGACUUCAUCAAUGACCUGGUCAAGCUGAUUGGUCCCAAGAAUGAUCCUCCGGCCGUAAUGCAGGAGAAGGUGCUCAGUCUUAUACAGAUCUGGGCAGAUGCUUUCAAGAAUCAACCCGAUCUCAAUGGCGUUACACAAAUGUACAUGGAGCUGAAGAAUAAGGGCAUUGAGUUUCCGCCCACCGAUCUGGAUGCCAUGGCGCCAAUCUACACGCCACAGCGGAGUGUGCCUGAAGUUCAUCCAGUGCCGCAUCCACAGCUUAUGGCCGCCCAGCACACAAUAUCGCCUCAGCAUGUGGCAGCCGCUGCCGCUGCAGCUUCCGUGGCUGUUCCAAGUGGACCGUUGCAUUUAACGCCCGAACAGGGAGCCAAAUUGCGCUCUGAGCUGGAAAUUGUUAGCAACAAUAUGUCCAUUCUGGCCGAGAUGCUAAGCGUGAUGAAGCCGGGCCAAGAGUCGCCCGAUGACUAUGCUCUACUCAAUGAGUUGACCGCCACUUGCAAGGAGAUGCAGUCGCGUAUUGUGGAUCUGAUUGGACGUGUUCAGGAUGAUGAAUUGACUGCUGAAUUUCUGCGCAUUAAUGACGAAUUAAACAAUGUGUUUUUGCGACAUCAACGCUACGAGAAGACUCGUGCCCAGGGCAAUGCCGGAGCAGCUGCGAUUACUUCCCCAUCUGCAGUGCUUGGCGCUGCCAUGGGUGUUCCGGGUGUACCGACAGCGGGAGCAGGAGUCGGAGUCGCAACUGGAGCCGCUGCAGCAACUGUCUCUCCAUCAACAACUGCUGUCAGUAAUACGCCACAAAGUGAUCAGCUGCUAAUUGACUUGAUUGAAAGCAGCGAGGAGCAACUGCCCCAAAGCUUUGGACAGUUACAACUGGGCGCCACUGGAGGAGCAGCUGCUGGUGCAGCAGCAAUUCCAACAGGCGCUGCCGAUGAGUUUGAUAUGCUGGCGCAAUCGCGCACCGACGGCAACCAUAAAACGGAACUGCUGCGGGAUAUUCCAACUGUGGAUGCAGCAGCUGGAAGUGUUGCGUCUCCCUACAAGCAACAGAAGCCGUCACCAAGUCCACAACAACCACAACCACGUGCAGCCGGCGAUCCGCCGGUGGUAAGUAAAUCGACGAAAGAGAAUGAGAUCGACGAGAUGGAGGCGUGGCUGGGCAGCUCACAGAAGGACAUUGACGGCAUUGAGGAACUGACCAGCUCCGAGUUUGAUAAAUUCCUUGAAGAACGGGCUGCUGCCGCUGAAAAUCUUCCAACGAUCAAUGCAUCGAACUCCGCCGCUAGUGCCACGACAGGAUCUGGAUCUGGAACAGGGCCCGAUAGCAGCUUACGAAAGACACCAAAGAAACCAGGCGCUGAAGAGGAUCUGCUUGCGCUUUGAGUGUGAGUUUAGUGCGACGACAUCCUUGAGGAGCAGCGCCAAUUGUUUACUCUUUCAAAUGUUACACAUGCCUAACAUAUUUAUACAUAACGUAUAUACAUAUACAUACAUAUUAAUAGCAGACAUAUACAUACAUUUUUAUGUAAAAUGCUUUUAUUUUUUAAUAAUUGACUUUCGAGCUUUUUUUAAUGUUUACAUUAUUUACAAAUUCCAAAAAAAAAAAACACCAUUUUCUGCAACGACAAUUGUAACUUAUUCCAAAAUGCAAUCUUUUUUUUGCUCUAAUUCUAAGCUAUGCAGAUAAAACACGUAUUGAUUGUAAUUGUAUUGUAUAUUAUGUUUAAUAAUCUAUUUGUUGUUUAUUUAUACAUA